AUGACCCCGAAGGCAGACACCAUGAUUCCCGAAGUCCAAGGAAUCAAGUACGAUGAAUCCGAAAUGGCCCUCUUUCAUGCAAAGCUGUCCUACCAUUCCACAAUCGACGAACGCAUGGCCUCCCAGGACACGAACCUCGCGUCAAUCUCAGAGCAGCAGGCACGAAUCCUCAAACGGUGGGAAAUGUUGAAGCAGGCCGAAAAGGAAAUGGCCGACAAGGGGAAAAGCCUGCCACCGGGAGACAAGAAGCAGCUGGCGCAAUAUGAAUGGAGGUACAAACAACUGGAGAAACUGGUCACUAAGACCCCGGGGGGAUAG